AUGCUGUACCGGGUCAUGCUGUACCGUGUUAUGCUGUAUUGUGUCAUGCUGUACCGUGUUAUGCUGUAUUGUGUCAUGCUGUACCGUGUCAUGCUGUCCCGUGUCAUGCUAUACCGUGUCAUGCUGUACCGUGUCAUGCUGUCCCGUGUCAUGCUAUACCGUGUCAUGCUGUACCGUGUUAUGCUGUCCCGUGUCAUGCUGUCCCGUGUCAUGCUGUACCGUGUUAUGCUGUCCCGUGUCAUGCUGUACCGUGUCAUGCUGUACCGGGUCAUGCUAUACCGUGUCAUGCUGUACCGUGUUAUGCUGUCCCGUGUCAUGCUGUCCCGUGUCAUGCUGUACCGUGUUAUGCUGUAUUGUGUCAUGCUGUACCGUGUCAUGCUGUCCCGUGUCAUGCUGUACCGGGUCAUGCUGUACCGUGUUAUGCUGUAUUGUGUCAUGCUGUACCGUGUUAUGCUGUAUUAUGUCAUGCUGUACCGUGUCAUGCUGUCCCGUGUCAUGCUGUACCGUGUCAUGCUGUCCCGUGUCAUGCUAUACCGUGUCAUGCUGUACCGUAUCAUGCUGUCCCGUGUCAUGCUAUACCGUGUCAUGCUGUACCGUGUUAUGCUGUCCCGUGUCAUGCUGUCCCGUGUCAUGCUGUACCGUGUUAUGCUGUAUUGUGUCAUGCUGUACCGUGUCAUGCUGUCCCGUGUCAUGCUGUACCGGGUCAUGCUGUACCGUGUCAUGCUGUACCGUGUCAUGCUGUACCGGGUCAUGCUGUACCGUGUCAUGCUGUACCGUGUCAUGCUGUCCCGUGUCAUGCUGUACCGUGUCAUGCUGUACCGUGUUAUGCUGUCCCGUGUCAUGCUGUCCCGUGUCAUGCUGUACCGUGUUAUGCUGUAUUGUGUCAUGCUGUACCGUGUCAUGCUGUACCGUGUAAUGCUGUACCGUGUCAUGCUUGUACCGUGGUCAUGCUGUGUACGUUGCAUGCUGUCCCGUGUCAUGCUGUACCGUGUCAUGCUGUACCGUGUCAUGCUGUCCCGUGUCAUGCUGUACCGUGUCAUGCUGUACCAGGUCAUCCUGUACCGUGUCAUGCUGUACCGUGUCAUGCUGUACCAUGCCGUGCUUACUGCAUCAUGCUGUACCAUGCCGUGCUUACUGCAUCAUGCUGUACCGUGCCAUGCUUACUGCAUCAUGCUGUACCGUGCCAUGCUUAUUACAUCAUGCUGUUCCGAGCCAUGCUUAUUACAUCAUGCUGUACCGUGCCAUGCUUAUUACAUCAUGCUGUACCGUGCCAUGCUUACUGGAUCAUGCUGUACCGUACCAUGCUUACUGCAGCAUGCUGAUACCACUCCGUCUGAAUCUAGCGGAUUAGCAUACAGUGAACGUGGCAGCUUCAACUGUGCUUUCAUUGUUAGUGUGGCUCUGACCUCCAGAAGGAUAGUUCGACACAAGUUACCGCAUAUAGAAAAGAAGUUACCGCUGUUACUUUUAGAAUUUGCUUAA